GGGCGGCGGCGGCGGCGGCGAACAAAGAGGCGGCGGGCGCGGGUGGCCGAGCGGAUCCGAGCGGAGCCGAGCCGGGCCGAGCCGGGCCGGGCCAGGCCGGGGCCAACGAUAGCAGGCACAAUGCGGGCAGCUGAGCAGGGGUCUACCGGUCCCUGAGCCCCACGCACCGGGCAGCACGAGAAGCCCGGCGCAGCGCCCGCGCCGCCCGCCAUGGCCGGGGUCAGCUACGCGGCGCCCUGGUGGGUGAGCCUUCUGCACCGGCUGCCGCACUUCGACCUGCGGUGGGAGGCUACCAGCAGCCAGUUCCGGCCCGAGGACGCGGACUACCAGCAGGCGCUGCUGCUGCUGGGGGCCGCCGCCCUGGCCUGCUUGGCCCUAGACCUCCUUUUCCUACUCUUCUAUUCCUUCUGGCUGUGCUGCCGGCGGCGGAAGACCGAUGAACACCUGGAAGCAGACUGUUGCUGCACGGCCUGGUGUGUCAUCAUCGCCACGCUGGUCUGCAGCGCGGGCAUCGCAGUGGGAUUCUACGGCAACGGGGAGACCAGCGAUGGUGUUCAUCGAGCCACCUACUCGCUCCGCCAUGCCAACCGCACAGUGGCAGGGGUCCAGGACCGCGUGUGGGACACGGCUGCAGCCCUGAAUCGCACAGCAGAGCCCAACCUGCAGAGUCUGGAGCGGCAGCUGGCCGGGCGACAGGAGCCACUGAGGGCUGUGCAGAGGCUGCAGAGCCUACUGGGGACACUGUUGGGUUACACCGCUGCCAUCCCCUUUUGGAGGAACCCCGGUGUAUCACUGGAGGUGCUGGCUGAACAGGUGGACCUCUAUGACUGGUACAGGUGGCUGGGGUACCUGGGCCUGCUGUUGCUUGAUGUCAUCAUCUGCCUCCUGGUGCUGGUGGGCCUCAUCCGCAGCUCCAAGGGCAUCUUGGUUGGGGUCUGCUUGCUGGGUGUCUUGGCCCUGGUCAUCAGCUGGGGUGCACUGGGCUUGGAGCUGGCCGUGUCUGUGGGUUCCAGCGACUUCUGCGUAGACCCUGACACCUUUGUGACCAAGAUGGUGGAGGAGUACUCAGUACUGAGUGGGGACAUUUUGCAAUACUACUUGGCUUGCUCACCUCGUGCCACCAACCCCUUCCAACAGAAGCUGUCUGGCAGCCACAAGGCUCUGGUGGAAAUGCAGGAUGUCGUGGCUGAGCUGCUGAGGACUGUCCCGAGGGAGCACCCAGCCACCAAGGAUCCCUUACUCCGAGUCCAGGAAGUGCUAAACGGCACGGAGGUGAAUCUCCAGCACCUCACGGCCCUGGUGGACUGCCGCAGCUUGCACCUGGACUAUGUGCAGGCAUUGACAGGCUUCUGCUACGAUGGUGUCGAGGGCCUCAUCUACCUGGCCCUCUUUUCCUUCGUCACAGCCCUCAUGUUCAGCUCCAUCGUCUGCAGCAUCCCACAUACCUGGCAACAGAAGAGAGGCCCGGAUGAGGAUGGAGAAGAGGAGGCCGCUCCAGGGCCACGGCAGGCACACGACAGCCUUUACCGAGUGCACAUGCCCAGUUUGUACAGUUGCGGUAGCAGCUACGGCAGCGAGGCCAGCAUCCCGGCCGCCGCCCACACUGUCAGCAAUGCUCCGGUCACCGAGUACAUGAGCCAGAAUGCCAAUUUCCAGAAUCCCCGCUGUGAGAACACCCCCCUCAUUGGGCGCGAGUCCCCACCGCCCUCACGCUACCUGGCUGCCCUGGACUCUGGCAGCCAUGCAGGCUGGCAAUUUAAACCCAUGGACAGCGCCCGAACACUGUGGUAGCUGUACCCUCAGAGUGACAGUACACCUCCAGCAUGAGAGCCAAAUACCUCGCCACGAGCCAGCCUCGCCCCGACUCCAGCGGCAGCGGGCACUAGACCGCACACCGGCCAGCCAUCUGCCCCCCACGUGCCAAUUGCCCCACCCUUCCUAAGCCAGCACUGCUGCUUCCACCCUGCCGGACCCUCUGCAAGCCACACCGGGCCAGCCCUAGGCACCUCUGAAGCCCCCCCACUGUACCCACCCUGCAGGAGGCAUGUAGGUGCCCAGCAUGAGCUCCAGGCCAGCCUGGGAAGUGAGGCUUCUGGGCACUCACCUGGACAGACACUGCCACCAGCAACCCGACCCUGCCU